AUGAAGAUUUGGACCUCGGAACACACAUUUAACCAUCCUUGGGAGACGGUUGCACAGGCAGCAUGGCGUAAAUAUCCGAACCCUAUGAAUCCAGCUGUUGUAGGAAUAGAUGUGGUGGAAAGAAAUGUUGUGAAUGGUGUAUUACAUACCCACAGACUUGUCAGUUCUAAAUGGUUUUUUCCUAGAUGGGCACAGGCUCUAAUCGGAACUGCAAAAAUAUGCUAUGCAAGUGAAAAGUCUGAGGUUAAUCCAAAUCAAAGACAAAUGGUAUUAAAGACCACUAACUUGACUUUCUGCCACUACAUAGCUGUGGAUGAAACUGUUCGAUACACACCCCAUCCCUCAGAUGCUUCAAAAACACUCUUGACCCAAGAAGCUGUUGUCACUGUGCAAGGUGUGCCUCUUAGCAGUUACAUGGAAGAUUUGCUUGCCAAUAGAAUAUCAUUAAAUGCAGGAAAAGGUCGUCAAGCUAUUGAAUGGGUUAUUGGCAAAUUUGACAAUGAAAUUAAAGAACUAGCUACAUCUGCAUGUAAAAGUACUGAUGAACUUCUCUCUCAGACAAAAAAGUCGAUUGAUGAUAUUACUACUACUGCAAGAAGAUCAAUGGAUGAUAUAUCUUCAAAAGCCAAGAAAUCCUUGGAUGACAUAGAGAAAUUAACUAAGACAAAUGCAAAUCAACGUAGCUGA